GCUACUAUUUUAAAUUAUAUGAGAUCCGAUACUUAAUUACACCAAUAGCAGUAUGAGACCGAGGAAGGUAUCAAGCACCAAUAAUACCUUUUAACAUUUACAUAUACUUAUGUCAUGAUGAAAUCAUGCAAGUUUUCUUUGCCACCAUACUCAGAAGCUCACACACUUCACAAAAUCAUGCAUUAAUUGUCUCACUAAAUAUAAACCUUAUAGCAAAAGAAACUCAAUAACCAAAAUCAUGCAAGUCUCCUCUACCACCAAAAUCAUCACUCCUGCCUAUAAAAUAAGGAGACCUUAAACUUUAAACCAUAAAUUUGUAAUCUUUACAAUACAUAUAUUUAUUUUAUUAAUCCACUUCAUCACAAGUCGUAGGACAGUUUGGCCAAAGGAAGGUACCUACAUGACGAUGAUUAGUUUGGUUGUGUGGGCUCUCGUCUUCUUUCGCCAUGCAACUAUUGAAGCUGGAAGAGAAGGGAGGGUUUUGAGAGAUGAUCAAAUGAUGAUGAUGAUGAACAACGGUAACAUGGACAACAUGUUACAUAAUUCUCAUGAUUAUCAUCAUCAUGACGUUGAACAUGAUAAGGCUCGAGGACUUACUACUAGUGGUUAUGGAGCAGGAUCAAGUGGGGGUGGUGUUGGUGUUGGUGUUGGUGUUGGUUUUGGCUCGAGUGGUGGUGGUGGUGGUUUUGGCCCUGGUGGUGGUUUUGGCUCGGGUGGUGGAUUUGGCUCUGGUCCAGGAGAAAAGGGUAGUGGAGGUUUUGGCCCGAGCGGUCCUGGCUUUGGUCCAGGAGAAAAGGGUGGGGGUUUUGGUCCUGGCUUUGGUCCAGGAGAAAAGGGUGGGGGUUUUGGAGUUGGAGUUGGACCAGGUGGCGGGUAUGGUUCGGGUGGUGGCUAUGGAGGAGGCUAUGGCGGUGGAGGAUAUGGUGACGCUCAUUCCCAAACUUCCCAAAGUGAGGAGCAUGAUCAUGAUGAGUCAAUGAUGCAUGGCCGCAAACCCUAAUAUAUAACACAAUAUUUGCUUGCUACGUUUUAAUAAUGGGGAGCAAACCUAAAUAACACAAUUUACUUACGUUUUAAUAAUGGGAGCAAAACCUAAAAUAUCAUGUACACAAAAAAUAAAAUUACAUGUACGUAUUUUAUUUUUUACUUAAUUAUCACUUUAUCAUGAUCAUAUAUAGUUUUAGAUUAUAUAGUUUUGUAUUAAUAAGUGAAUUUUUAUCAUUUUGUUGUUUGAA